CUCCGCACGCCGCGUUAGCCGGCUCACUUGCUUCGCGGUGCCCCCUUCAGCUCGGAGCAGUUCCAAGGACACGGAAGGAGCAGGCACACAUCUCCCCCGGCGUUUCUCUGCCCGCCACAGCCGUGAGAGCGGAGCCGCAGCUCCGCCGGCGGGAAGGCAGGCUGCUCGAAGAAUGUCAUGCGUAAACAGAAACACUGGGAGAAAGUCAUCAUGGCAAAGAAGAGGAAGAGGGCGCAGGAAAGAGAGAGAAGAAAAGCACGGCAGGCUGAAGGCAGAGGCGCUGUAGAACAGCACAGCAAAAGAGUUCAGAAAGCCAUCAUGAAAGAACGCCUUCUGGAGGCCAAGGAGUCUGGGCCUCGGCUGUGUGUGGACCUCAGCAUGGCUGACUGGAUGACAAAGAAGGAAACAAGCCGCCUUGCUGCUCAGAUCAGGAGACUCUAUGGGGCCAACAGGAGGGCCGAAAAGCCAUUCUGGCUCUGUCUGACAGAGUUUGUCGUGGGCUCUUCGAUCUAUGAGGAGUGCUUCCGCAUGAAUGAUGGCUUCUCCAAAUAUUUGAUGGAUACAACUCAAGAAAGUUACCUUGAUCUGUUUCCUUUAGAUGAAAUUGUUUAUCUCACUCCUGACUCUGAGAAUGUCCUUGAAGACAUUGAUCCAAAAAAGGUGUACAUCCUUGGAGGACUGGUGGAUGAAAGUAUUCAUAAGAAGCUGACCUUGCAAAGGGCUCGAGAUCAGUCCUUACAAACAGCCCGCCUCCCAAUUCGUGAGUAUAUGGUGAAAAACAUCAACGCCAAGAACUACCACUCAGAGACGCUUGCAAUCAAUCAAGUCUUUGAUGUCUUAUCAACUUACUACGAGACCCGAAGUUGGCCAGCAGCCUUGAAAGCUGGAGUGUCUUCUGGAAAAGGCUAUGUGCUCCCAGAUGCGGUGAAUUAAGUAAAAAAUAUACAGCAAAGCACAAGAAAACUCUUUAUUUUCUGAUAUUAAGGAACUGUGACAGACAAGGGAAGCAAACUCCAAAUUUCAAGCAGAGACACUGCCAUGAAUGUGUAGACAGAAAACACAACUCAGCUUAAAUCUGGGAUAAGGAGCUUGUCAAGAGUAAUAAAUUAUACCUCAGCAGGGUAUUCCUGGAAAUUACUCUUUACCUGAAACUCAAAACCAAAGCUAUUUGAGCCCUGGAAUCAGGUAAACACUGAUGGGAAUUCAGUUUUGCUUUUCUUGCAGAUAAAAUUUGUUAGUGUCUUUUACAUUUACACUUGUUCUGGGACAGAGAGAAAAGCUUAAACCAUUCCUUUUGUGAUUGAAAGGAAGUAGUGUGAUACUAGAAGAGUGACAGUACAGCAUACACUAGUAAGGGAAAUCAUCUUUCCCAUCAAAAAGAGCAGUGCUGUUCUGAUUGGGGAACAUAGGAUGGGAAUUGAUUCCCAGACUAAUGAGGUAACAGUUUCCAGAAGUACUACGUCCCGUCUUCCUUAAACCAGCUGAAUUAAAGACUUUGUGAGCAGCUGAAUGCCAAAGCUAAUUCUGUGCAUUCUGCUAAUUAUCUACAAUAAAGUGUUUACUCUUCAAGAA